AUGACGAGUACCUGGCUUUUCAAACGAUUGAUAGUUGAGCAUCAUUCUGCCAUACUUAAUUUACCGGGCGAAGAUGUUAUCCCACAGGAUGCCGACCAUUUGGAGAUCGCUAGGUUCUCCUCCAAGGACGACCGGAACUUCCCUCCCAUGCUGGCACGACUUCGCACCUUGAGUAGGCGCUUGGCUUCAGAAGCUCAAGCCGCGCAGGCAGUAGAGCAACAAGUUCAAUCAGGGGUUGAUAUACCACAAGGCAUGAUUCACAUUUCUAAUGCGCGUGGAUAUCCAGAUUCCACAACGCUCUUCGAAGUUCCGUUCGCACCGUGCGAAACCUUUAAAGGAAGAAAAAACGACCUCGGGUAUAUGCAGGAGUUCUUCAGUGCUAGCAACGAUGAUGGACAGCUAAAAUAUGUCCUCUCAGGGCUCGGCGGCUGUGGUAAAACGCACACGGCACUUAAAUAUGCUUACAACAAUCGAUUCAAGUACAAAAAUGGCGUCAUUUUCUUCAAUGCAAGUUCGAAAACCACAUUAAUCGCAGAUUUCACUCGGGUUUCCGAACUUUUGAAGUUACCACAAUCAUCUAACAAGGUUGAGGGAAUCAAGCAAUGGUUCUCCAGGGCGGAAAAUUCGGAUUGGUUAUUCAUAUUUGACAACGCAGAUGAUAUGACCUCAGUUCCACUCUCAAGUUACAUCCCAAGAACAACUAGAGGCCACUUAAUAAUAACAACACGAGACGAGACUGCAAUUGGAAAGGUCAGCGAGCAUGGACACUCGAUAAAACCGCUAGAGCCAGAGGAAGCAAUACAGGUGCUCUUCUCCAAGGCACGCAUCGCACAGCCAUCAGCUGAUGAUGUUAAACAAGCCGGGGAGAUAGUCGAGCUGUUAGGGUGCCUUCCGCUUGCGGUGGAUCAAGCGGGAGCUUUCAUCCGGACGCAACAGAAACCACUUCGGGAAUACCGCCGGCUUUUUGAAGAUCGAAUCCUUGAGGUUGUCAAGACCUCUCCUCAAAGAGAUAGUAUCGAGAACUCCUAUCUCACUGUGUGGGAGAUCAACUUUCGGCAGACGGAGAAAGACUGUCCUAUGGCAGCGAAGCUUUUGCUACUUCUGUCUUUUCUCGAAGGAACGGACAUUCCCGAGUCGAUGCUUCGCCGAGGAUGCUCGCCAAAGAAGGUCUGGGACACAAAUGCAGAAAGCACUGUGUUACGCUUGCAAGGAGAUACUCAGGCAUCCCAGGACGCCCUGGAAAAUCACAUCCGCAACAGCAUUGGACCUGGCCUGGACGAGGAUCUUGAAUCAGAUGCACGAUGGAAUGCUCAAAGGGGCGAACUUGUCCUCUCCUUCGCUGAGAAUCUUCUUCGUAUGAACAACUCUGCCCGUACCAAGGUGGAGCUAGCAGACUGGAAACCUUUGAAUCUAGCUGCCCCUUCCGCGAUGGAGAAACUGGUUGCGCAAAGCCGAGACGUCACUUUGGGCCGUCUGCUUCGGAAUGAUGGCCAAUUUAAAGAGGCCCUGCCAAUAUUCGAGAGAUUACUAAAAGAAACGGGCUCUGUCACCCACAAUAGUACCGGCUGGCAGCUGGUCAUGUUCAACAACGUCUCGGACCUCUACUGCGAAGUCGGACGGCCCCUAGAUGUGGAAGCUGUUAUAGAAGAACAGUUGAAGCUCGUCUAUGCCAGGAAAUGGGAGAAUAUACCUACGGGACGACGCUUACAACUCGCCUUAGUCGAGAGCCUCAUUCGCCGAGGCGAAUUUCGGCCAGCUGAGACAUGCUUGGAUAAACUCAUCCUCGUUCUUGAGGCUGACGAGGAUCCAAAUGAGGUUCAAAACACAAACCAUUUCCUCGCCUGGACCUGCUUGGCAAGAAUUUCCCAUAUGGAAGGGCGCUGGGACCAGGCUCUGAUCUGCUGGAAUCGAGCUGCCGGUAUCAUCGAAAAAUGUUGUUGGGAAAAGACGUUCAGUAACGCUAUAGUACUAUUCUCUAUCGCACAGGUUCUGUAUCAUACUGGAAGAGAAGACGAGGCCAUCAUCAACGUGCAAAAGGCCGAAGUCGCCCUCAAAGUGGAAGGCAGGAGGUACUGGAUCGUUGGAUUAGGGUCAUAUUGGUUUGAUUAUGUUUGCGUGCCCUUAGGAGACUGGACCCAAUUGCAUCUCCUCUCAUCCGCCAAUAACCAGACGGAACACAGAUGGUGA